ACUGGUCGCACCUUGGCACCGCAGUACUGUCUCCUGUUCGAGCACCAACUCGAGGGCUUCGGUAAUGUCGAGUUGAAUGUCGGAAUUCUCAGCUCGCCUUGGCAACCCGGUUUCAUCAGCAUGACGGUUCAAUUCACUCCGGCUCCAGUCUCUAUCAGUCUUCUACGCAUCCAGGCCGACAACGCUGGAUGGCUCCACCUUUGGCUGGAUGAUCAACAGCGGGUAAACCUUAUUAUCCCCGGACUGGACAAACUGGUAACUUCCAAUGUAUUCGGGCUAAAUCCGCCAGACGAUCCGAUCAACUCUCUGGCCAACCUAGAGGCCUCAGAACUGCUUGUUGCUAAAGGGGCCCAUGCCUACACACCCACAGGCAGUAGUUCCGCUGGAAGUACAGGCACAACGUCCACUGGUUCCGGUGAAACGGCAAAAACCGGCGGGGCCAAGCCUACUUUACGGGGACCCCAGGAGUCAGUUCUGACAGUCCUUUUCCGCCCUGGCAACGGAAAGACGGUGCAGGUCAGCAUCCUAUUCGACGAGCGCUUAGUUGGCUUCUGGCAGAUUCCACAGCCUGAGCCUGUUAAUCGUGUACUCUCGGUGCUUGUCGGACCCGGCGAGCCACUCCAGUUUCCAGUCGGUAUUUCCUAUCUGACUAUUGACACACGGUAA